UUUUUCGCUAAAAUAAACAAUUUGUUAUCUGUCCAGUCAAGGUUGCAAUGACUACUUCUUUACACUGCAAAGAUGCCUCUUUUCUGAUGAUUUUUGUAAAAGAUUCAUAAGGAUAAGGAACAUUUAACUGUAAGUAAUGUUCCUAAGCUCUGCUUUGCCUGCAGUUCCAUUUAAUUACUAAAGUUUUCGUAAGUUAAUCAUCGAUCCGUACUAAAGCUUCUUACUACCAACUUCAAAGCCGAUUACUUAAUUAUCAACUCUGUGCGUACCAACUGACUAAGCUUGUGUACGAAUAUUCGUAAAAAUUGAAGCUUUUAACCCUUGAAGUACAUUUUCAAAGCCCGGGCAUUUGCUUCUUGUAUAGAUGUGUUCCUCAGCUCUAGAGAUACCAUCUCGCUAGGAACUUGUAGCUAAUACGGCAACGACUAAUCCUUAAAAUACUGCGAUUUUUCCAUAACUUUUCUCUCUUUUCUGUCAUGAGCUAAAUAAAGAUAUUUAGGGUAAACGGACACGUAUGGAUUUGAAAAACGAGAUCGAUAAUGCAUUCAGGAAUAGAAAAACAUACUAUGAAAAGCUUUAUCUUUGGAAAUGGGUAUCCAACGUGCUUUGCUAAUUGAGCGCAUGAGCAAGCACAUUUUCUAGCUAGGGGGGACCAGAAUGUCCUGAGUGUCCUGAGGUUGCUGUAACGACUUUUUUUAGCGUGAUAGAUGCAAAAUAAAACAUUAUGUUCUACUGGGGGAGCUCUGUAGUGGCAGGGGGUAGGAACUAGUUAGGAAAGAACAGGAAGACCAGUUUCAAGAGAUAUAGUCUUAAUUGGUGAGAGAAUAAAAUGAAAAAAGCCAUCUGAGAUCAAGGAACAGAAAACAGACAGUUUAUGAGCAACACUAUAUUGUAUAUCAUUUUAUGUGGUAAAUCCCCUUCAUUGUAAGCCUUCUCUUAAAAUUUACAUGUGAAAAUACGCUUGCUAUUUUAGUAAUGCAACAGGAAGCAGGUUGAGGGACAGUGUGUAUCAAAUAUAUUACUGUUAGAAAAAAUAUUGUGUAAGAUGCCUUAUCUCAGUUUGUGGUUGUAACCCUUUGUUUCAGUUGUCAGAUAAUUAAAAAAUUUAUUAAUGAAGCACCUUUAGUCUUGAUGACUCAUUAAAAAUUAUUUUGCCUUUUUCCUUAGCAUUUGAAACUGUGAUAACAACUUUCUUGCUUACUGCAAAUUAAGCCAGAAGCCUGCCCCCUGUGUUUGUGUUUUGUUUAUUCUGGUAUCAUCUUGCAAAGUUUUUGAUGAAUAAUUAGCUGUGUGUUUUCAAAAUAGUGAUAUACAGACUCUAUCACACUUAAUUCACAAUUUUAUUAUUUUCAAUUCUCAGGGAAACAAUGGCUGAAGAAGUGGUGAACAGACAAGGUGAUUUGAGUCUUCAUAUUUUUCACAAGUGGAAGGAUACAAACCUUGGAAAUAUACUGGCACCAGUUUUAGCUUUUGUCAUAGAAUACCCAAUUGCCACUUUAUUCAUUGCAGUCUUCAUGGGACUCUCAGCAUUGCCCUUAGUGCUGUUUGUGUCAUUUGUCUUGUACAGUUUCCUCUUUACUAUGCUGGGAUUUGCAAUGGUGGAAGGCACGCUGUUGAUGAUUGCUGUUUCUAUGCUCAGUGCAGUCAUAUUUUUUGUGUUCUUUGUGUCAAUCUGCAUAACAGCCUUUCUUAUCUUCACGUGGAGUUCAGCUGCCGUGGGUUACACUUUUGUUCAAAAGCUGAAAGGAAUAGUUCUUUACUUUUUUCCAUCACUGAAAGAAAUCUUGGAGAAUUAUGCAGCAGUGGAACGGUCACGAUCAGAUUGAAUCUUGUUUUGUUGUGGUAUAACUUUUGACUGUUGUCAAAAAUUGAUAUUUAAAGUGAUCUGUUCAACUUGGUUACUAUUUAAGGGAAAAUAUUGUUCUUUCAUCCAUUUUAUUAUCAUAAUGGUAUUUUAAGUAAAAAGAACUGCAUGUGUGGAUUUCAUUUUUAUUGAAGAAGUUUUUCACAAGCGGCAUAAAUAGUAUAGUUGGAGGUUAUCUAACACAAAAAAAGUUGAGUGUUUUACAGAUUUUUACCCUGCUUCUCUUAAGGAUGCCAAUUUUAAGAGAGGAAGUGUCACUUGUAGUGUAUUUUCUUGGAUGAAUUCCCAUGUUCUUAUAGCUAUAGGGCUCCAAGUAAAGGCUGGUCAAAGGUCAGUGUAGGGUAAAAAAUAGGUUUUGUCUGGUCAACUCCUUGGAUGGCUAGACAUUUUUUCUGGUUGGUUACCCAUGUAAAGAACAACUCAAUAGCAAGCUAAGUUCAGUUUCAUUUUUCCUUCAUUGAGUUUGAGGCUGCACAAUCAAAGCAUAGUAAAUACCCUUGUUUUAUAGGAAGGGGGGGGGUCUAUACAGAUGAGGUAAUGGAAAUGUGUUCAUUUUUCUAAGAGAAAAUAGGUUUGAUUGGACAAUUUGACCAGCACCAGCUGGGAAAUUAUUUUGAGCCUUGAGCCAACUUGAUUCUCUUCUCACAGUCUCUAUUUAUAACCAUUGAAACCUCUUCCACCCUAGAUCUGAUCAGCAAUCGUCCCUUUUAGCAGCAGAACAUUCCCUUUCAAAUUAGAAAUGAGAGUCUUGCAAAAGGAUGCUCUCUUGUUGCUAAGUUUGUUUUCUCUUAUCACUUGUUUGCUGGCUACCAUUAUUGAAAUUGUAAGGGAGUUAACCCCUUCACUCCAGAUAUCAUAAUGGAAAAUUCUCCCCACUGUCUUCCAUUCAUUCCUUAUAAAGUUUGUACUAAGAAUUUGGUGUUGGAUUUAAUGAUAAUCCCAGAGUUAAUAUUUUUUGCUACUCCAUCACUUAUUCAUAUUAUAAGGAGCACUUUUGUCCCACAUCAAAUUUGUAACUCUCCUUACUGUCAACCAUACAAUUCUUACAAUGUUAGUUUGGAGAAUUUAGUAUUGGAUUAACUAAUUAUCCUCGAAUUGAUAUUUUUCUUUAUUCUUAUCACUUAUCUGGUUGAUAAUGUAUUGAUAUUGUAGGGAGAAAUUCUGUCUUGGUCACUCAUGGGAGUUAAAGGGUUAAAACCGUACCAGUUCUGGUGGCUUAUUGUUUUAUAUUCCAAGUCAAGUGAAUUAAAUGUCAUCUGUCCAUCAUGUUGGGGGUGGGUGUAUAUCAACACCACGAUGACAACAAAGUUACACCUAGCACUGGUGAUCACUCAGGGACUGAAAUAACAGUCAUUAACCUGUGAAUAAUAUUGUUGAUUGGUUGUUUAUUCAUUAGUCAGGAUGAAAAGCGAUGUGUGAGUAAUAAUUUUGGUAACAUAGAAUUGGCACUUGAAGUUUGCAGUUCUUAUUUAUUGAUGUAGAUUUUUUUUUCAAUCUCACUGGCAAACAUUUUAUUUAUGUGUAUUACAGCUACAUGGAAUAUUUGUUGUGCUGUAAUUAU